UGUUCCAGGAAACAAACACGCAGCGUCCUACUUGAGCAGAGAAACGGGAUGCAGUUUACCAGCGACAAAACAAUGGCACACUAAACAAGGCUCUUCGUCAUCUCUUCCUCAUUGACCAUUUCUUGCUCAUAUUCAAUCGCGAAAGCUCCUACUGAUCGGAUUCUUCGAGAAUGGAUCUCAUCCAAGUGAACAAGGAAUCAGGCGGGAUCGGAACCAUCACGAUUAACCGUCCGAGAUCUCUCAACUCUCUCACGAGAGCGAUGAUGGUGGAUCUCGCGCGUGCGUUCAAGGAGAUGGACGCCGAUGAAUCGAUCCAGGUCGUGAUUUUCACCGGAGCGGGAAAAUCUUUCUGCUCCGGCGUUGAUUUAACCGCGGCGGAGUCGGUUUUCAAGGGAGACGUGAAGGAUCCGGAGACGGACCCGGUAAUUCAGAUGGAGCGGUUGAGAAAACCGAUCAUCGGAGCAAUUAACGGUUUCGCCAUAACCGCCGGGUUCGAGCUCGCCUUGGCCUGCGAUAUUCUGGUCGCGUCCAGAGGAGCUAAGUUCAUGGAUACUCACGCUAGGUUUGGGAUAUUCCCUUCUUGGGGACUGUCUCAGAAGCUGUCGAGGAUCAUCGGAGCAAACAAAGCUCGUGAAGUUUCUUUAACGUCGAUGCCGUUGACAGCUGACGUGGCUGAGAAGUUAGGGUUUGUAAACCACGUGGUUGAAGAAGGAGAAGCUUUGAAGAAAGCCAGAGGAAUCGCAGAGGCUAUCAUCAAGAAUGAACAAGGCAUGGUUCUGCGUAUUAAGUCCGUCAUCAAUGAUGGACUCAAGCUUGAUCUUGGUCAUGCCCUUACACUCGAAAAGGAGCGAGCUCACGCGUACUACAGUGGGAUGACAAAGGAACAGUUCAAGAAGAUGCAGGAGUUCAUAGCUGGACGUGGUUCCAAGAAACCUUCUUCCAAGUUAUAGGUUAUCUUUUACAUAAUACCUUUGUCUCUUUGAAUAAUAAUAUAUUUGUUUGUUUUUGAAGUGUAACACUCAUCAAAUUAAAGUAGGGUGAGAUUCCUGUCUCAGUUGAAGACAUGUGUAUAACUGGAAAAGAAGGAAUCUGUACUCAUUGAAUAAAUCUGGUAGAAAUUAUCGUCA